UAAUCCACAUUUGUUCUUGCAAGGCUGAGGUUACGGUAAAACAAGCAGAAAACAUGGCCCGUGAUGAAAUACAGAUCACGCUCACCGAAGACGAGGUUAAGAACUUGAAGUCAUUGGAGGAAGCUGAGACCGGUCCGUCGACACCAAACAAGCCAUUAAUACAGAAGGUUACGCAGAUCUUGCGCGCGUGUUACAGUAAGGAAGAAUGCGAACGAUACUUCGAACCAAAUUCUGUUGCAAUCGGUCCUCUCCACCAUCCUAAAGGAGAUUGGAGAUACGAAGGAGGCGAGAAGUCCAAGCUACAACUGGCGGCGAUGUUCAUCAAAAACAGUGGGAGGAGGAAGGAAGAUUUCUACAACAAUGUCAAGAUGGAGAUAAAUAAAUUGAGGAAGUGCUAUGACCCCAAAGAUGUAGAGAAAUGGAAUGAUGAGGAGUUGGCCUUGAUGUUCCUUGUGGACGGCUGUGCAUUGUUGAAUUUCAUAUACAUUGAUGUGAAUAAAAAGUGGAAGGAAUUGGGAGGUAAGAAUUAUCUGGUCGCCUUUCCAAAGCUGGAUUUAUACUUGCUUGAGAACCAACUACCCUACCAACUCCUUAAGAUACUAAUAAAGACGUGCAAUAAAGUCUCCGAUAAUGAGAAAGUGAAAGAUUCAAACCUCGCCAGGGAAUUGAAGAAGUCCAUCAUCAGCUUCAUCAAUAUGAAUGACAUGAGGCCGGGGGAUUCUCCCAAACAACAAGGAGAAAGAGAAGAAAAAGAAGAAGAAGAAGAAGAAGAAGGAAAAGAGCCUGCUCAUCUUCUGGAACUGUUACGGAGAAGACUGAUCCAUAUGGAGGGUGCAAAACAUGAACAAGAUGAGAAACUAGAGAGCAAUUUGGGGAACCUAAAGAAUUGGCACACAUUUCGCAACAUAAAGGAGCUGAAAGAUCAUGGGAUUUCGUGUAAACCGAGCGAGACGAGCAGCGUCAUGGAUAUUACUUUCUGCCCCAAUUUUUACAAGGCAACUCUAAAGCUGCCUCCCAUCAAGGUUGAUGACUACACGGUGCCAAAGUUGAUGAACUUGAUAGCAUACGAGAUGUGUCCGGAUUUCAUGAACGACUUUGAGAUCACCUCCUAUGUCUCCUUCCUUGACUCUUUGAUUGAUAAAGCGGAGGAUGUGAAGGAAUUGAGAGAUGCUGGCAUUCUGGACAACAGACUAGGAAGCGACAAAGCUGUAGCGAGGCUGUUCAACAAGAUCAGCACAAACCUUGUGGCUGGUGUACCAAAUCCUAAGCAAUACAAGGAAUUGACACAUAGAAUCCAAGAACACUGCAACACUGCGUGGAGCAUCCACUUGGCUCAGCUCUAUCACACCUAUUUCAGCAGCCCCUGGAGCAUCUUGGCCUUCCUUGGUGCUCUACUCGGUCUUAGUUUGACAGCUGUGCAGACUUAUAAGAGCUUCAAUUGACGAAUUCAUACAGUUAAAAGAAAUAUUCACAUGUUUAACCUAUAGUUAUAUUCGGAUUAUACUUAUGUUGUGACAUUUCCGAUGUCCUGUGCGGCUGUGCUGUCAGUUAUUAUCUGUACAUAACCAAUAUGAUCUGUACAUAGGUAUUCCUACUUUAUUUCUUAUUAUCCCUAUCUAGUCUGAUACUCUGUAAUGUCUGUUUUCUUCAGUCUUAUAUAAAAUGAUCUUGUUGGA